AUGAAAAGGAUUGAAAUAUCGAGUAAUACUGAGGGUGUUUCGACUGAUGACACUUUGAGGUCAGGCGCGACUCCUAGUACUAUCAUAAAUCCACAAUGUACAACUACCGCUGUCGGAGUUUCUGGUUUGAAGGUUGAAAAUAAACGUGUCCGGCCGGGUCUAAAAAAUCUAAAUAUUGAACCCGCGAACUUAAAAGACUGUGAGUUUACUGCUAUUGCGAUAACGCCCUGUGGACGGCCGGCCCAAAAGUUUAGAUCAGAACUUGACGUUAUCACUGGUCUCAAAGACGUCAUCAAGGUGCACAGGUCAUUAUUCAUCGACGCCAAGAUUAUACAUCGAGAAAUCUCGUUAAACAGUAUAUUAUUGACGCAUUCUGAUAAUGUCAACGAACUUGGCGGUACGUUUAUCAAUCUGGACCAAGCUACUUUUCUUAUAGAAGGAAAUGCAGAGCCAGUGGAGCAAAUAAAGAUGGGCGCAUUAGAGUUCAUGGCUAUUGAGAUUCUAAGUGAGAGCCCUUCACUACCCUGGCUAUCUGUCAAACAUACAUAUUGCCACGACCUAGAAUCAAUCUUUUAUGUCUUACUAUGGAUGUGCAUAUGCUAUGGGUGGGCAAACAAUAAAACAUCACAUAGAAAUGUUAUAUCCAAAUGGCAUAAAAAGGAAACCGAGGACAUAGGUUUUUGGAAGAGUAUUCAAAUGAAAGAAGAAAAAUUCGAAAACGAAUUUUUGCCUAAGUUUUCGCCAAAAUUUAAGGGUAUCAAGGAACUUGUAGUGAGAUUUUGGGGGAUUUUAUUCUAUUCAGAUAAAGAGCUUUGGACUGGUGCUUACAAGGACCAUCAAACCCUGUAUGAUCCUAUUAUCAAAGCGUUUGAUGAUGCUAUUGAGAUUUUGAAAUUGUAA